AUGAAUAAGGAUUUAUUCUUGCGUAUUGUGGUGAGCCUCUCGGAGAACAUUCGAUUUUUUAGACACAGAAAAGAUGCAACCGGGAGGUUAGGUCUUUCUCCACUACAAAAAUGUACGGCGGCUAUUCGUCAACUUGCUUACGGUACGGCGGCUGACUUGGCAGACGAAUAUCUCCGAAUUGGUGAAAGCACGGCACUUUCGUGUUUACACCAUUUCACUGACGGAAUAAUACAGCUAUUCGGAGAUGAGUAUCUACGAAGGCCGACAGCAGAGGAUCUUCAACGAUUGCUCGAUAUUGGAGAGAAACGCGGGUUUCCUGGGAUGGUUGAAAGCAUUGACUGCAUGCAUUGGGAAUGGAAGAAUUGUCCAACCGCUUGGAAAGGACAGUACGCACGUGGAUCAGGAAAACCGACCAUUGUCUUAGAGACUGUGGCUUCACAAGAUCUUUGGAUAUGGCACGCUUUCUUUGGUCCGCCAGGCCGAGCUCCCACGGUCGAGUAUGUGGUCAGCGGACACAAGUAUAACUUGGCCUACUAUGGUAUAUAUCCCAAAUGGGCAACCUUUAUCCAAUCUAUCACAAGCCCUCAAGGUCCUAAGGCAUAA